UUACCAUCAUUUGGAAAACCUUUGACUUGUACCUUAUGAAGAAGCCUAAGCAUGGCAGGAUUUUCAAGAGCAGGCUAUAGUCGGGUUAUAAAUCCUAUGAAGAAGACUUUAGAAGCAUUUCACCUGAGAUCAAUGAAGUCUAUAAAGUUCACCUUUGACCCAUACCAUCCAAAUGUCAGAUCAAUGAGAGAAUGUUUAUUCCUGAUAAAACAGGCACGUAUACUAAAGACAAACUUGAACUGUGCAACCAAAGUUGAUGUCAAAUCUAAUCGAUGUGAUCCUGAGAUCAACAUAGCAUUUAUUGAUGACCACAAAGUCAAGUUUAAGACAUCUGAAUUAACCACUUUAGACAUUUUACAAAGACUUCAUGAAUUUAGUGAUGAAAAAGACCCUAAAAAGAAUGAAAAAGUUGUAGUGAUGACAAAAGCAAAGAAAAGGAGCAAAUAAUUAAUAUCUUGUGUCAGUUGUUUGUGUCUUCAUUGUUUGUGUGUGUGAAUCUGUGAGAAAUUGUAAUAGUUUUAUGAAUAUAAAUAAUGUAAAAUCUUC